GUCAAGCGGCGGCGUCAGGUCCGCGGCGGUGCCAGUGCCAAGCCAGCCGGAGAGGGAAGGAGUCGGCGCCUGCCAGUUGGACCCGAGGACCCGAGACUGCCACACCUCCUGCCGCUCUCCCGCACUAAAAGGCCAAGCGAGAGGCGACCCCGAGAUGACUGACAUCGACUUCUUCAGGAAGGUGUCGCAGGCGUACCUGGCGGGCAUGGGUACGUCCUCCCUCCUGUGGCAGUACGUCAAGCACGGCCUGGACGACGUCGAGCUCCCGCCCUCGGACAUCGCCGCCCGCAUGGCCCAGGCGCUCCAGCACCAUCCGUGCUCUGCCGUUGCGCCCAGGGAGGCCGCCCUCGGCAGGAAAGUCCUGCAGUGGAUGAAGGAGGAGUGGGCGGAGCGUGGGUGGACGCUCCCGCCCACGCCUUUGGACGACCUGCCGCCCACGGAGCCCCUGGCCGUGAGCUACAAGACCUACCUGGGCUGGGGGCGGGGCCGCAGCCUGGACGACGGCGUGACCCUGCUGGAGAGCAGCGGCGGCAUCACGCACAACACGACGGGCAUGAUGACCUGGAGCGGCGCCGCCGUCCUGGCGGAGUGGACCACGGAGAACCCCGAGCUGCUGGCGGGGCGGCGGGUCCUGGAGCUGGGGGCGGGCGCAGGAUUCACAGCGGCCGUCCUGCUGUCCACGCCCCACGAGCGGUUCGCCCCGCCCAGGGCCUACACCGCCACGGACUGCAACCACCACGUGCUCGCUCUCCUCCACCACAACCUGCGCAUCAACGUGGCAGCCGAACAGCCCGCGCGCGAAGAGCUAGCGGCCUUCCAGCAGGAGAUGGAUCGCGUCCUGGCGGCCGAGGACGACGCCGACCCCGAGGAGGUGAAGCCGUGGACGCCGCCCCUCCAGGAGUGCCACCCGGGGGGCGCCACGGUGGUCCCGGGGUGCGCCCUGGGCGGUGGCGGCUGGAGGACGGAAGUGGGCGUGAUGCAGCUGGACUGGUGCCGCCCGUGCCCCCUGCCGCCCGUGGACGUCGUGGUGGCCGCCGACGUCGUCUACGCCCACUCGCUCAUCCCGCCCCUCCUGGCGCUGAUCAGAUCCAUCCUGCAGAGUCCUGCCUGCGACCUGCCCCCUGGAGCGCCCCCUGGAGCGCCCCC